UGCGUUCUAUCCACUAAUUUUACCAUUUUACCAUUUAGUUGUCAUCGGAUGUUCCUUCGGGGACAUCCGAUACGAGGGAGCAACUCGUAUAAAUGCAGCGGCAGUCCUCCUUAUACAUACGCACAAGAGCAGCUGAACUUCAGACACCAUCUCCGAGCUAGAGGUUAUUUGGUCUCAUUCCUGGAGUCGAGCCCAGGCCAAAUUACCCACACGACAAAUCCAAAUUUCUUCCAAAACAUCAGAUGGCGACUUCGGCAACUAUUCCAGCGGAAGGCGACGAGUACUUCAUAAUCAAUAAGAGAACAGCUCGUUUUUUGGUCGACAGACAAACUAGAAUGAUCUUUGAUACGGCGUAUACGACUGGCGAAUCUCCUCGGCCCGAAUUUUACGGCGAUCUAUUUCGCUUCAACAAGUCGGCGAGCGGUAACGGCUCCUGGAUUAUAAGAGCAGCAGCCGUUGGACGUAUGUUGACGAAGGGUGAUGACGAAAAAGAUCAAGAAGGUAUACUGGGCUCGAGUGGUAUAGAUUCCGCAGGCACCGAGUGGGAUGUCAUCCCUUCGAGCUAUUAUGAAGGUACAUACCACAUCCGGAAUCACCACACCCAAGAUCUUAUAUUUGAUCUUCCAUCAGGCGGCUCAGAUGAUGGGCAGGCACGCUAUGAGGGCGGAAAUGUUCCGUUAAAAUGCUAUGAGGCACGCUAUGGCAAAGUGGAUGAAACCGAUACAAAGGUACAUUGGAUUAUCACUAAAGAGGAGCCUACUACACAAUAAGCCGUUUCAUCCGAGCAUCUCUAUCGACACUGGCGGUUCAUAAGAGUGCUUGAAGUCACCUAGACGCUCGAGAGAGUUCAUAGAUCGGACUGAAGCUCGUCAUAUGAAAUAUGGUCGACAUUACAAAUAAAGCUGAUGCUGGUUGACGAGCGGAAGGCAUCGAGCAUAUAGCGUAUAAUCGUUGGCUAGUGCAUAUAUAUUCUAUAUGAUAGACUUUUUAAUGUUUUAAGUUUUUCUCCAUAAAAAUGUUGAUCAUGCUCGAAUCUAUCCCUUCCGUCACGAAAUCCAUCUCUACAGCUCGUUGUUGAUCGUCAUCCUAUAUCUGUCAGUCAGAUUAGUGCCAGUUCUGCCUUCAGAAGUCUGAGUAUCAUACACACCGUCCUGUGAAAUUCCAGAAGUCAAACUUUCCUGGUGUAACUGCGUAAAACUGUAAGUCCUAUGAAUCACAUUCUUCAGAACAAUCGGGAGGACAGGAAGUAAUCUAGAUUUCAGUUUCAAAAAAUUCAACUCUGAAGUCUCUGAGCCACAACACUCUUCCAAGAAUUUACUAAUAUUAUACUUCCCAGUUCCGACAUCUAAAUUGACAUGUCAAAUUCAG